UUAAAAGUCAUUUUCCGAAAGAAACCAUUAAUAAUUAAAUAUAAAAGGCAAACUUUAAUUUAUAAAAUGGCGGAAAUUGUGCCUGAACUUGCUUUGCGCUGCAGCGCCUGGGAACUCUCCCUUGGUAUGCCAAUUCACCAAGCGAUUGAAAUAUUUAAAAGGCUCGAGGGGAUCAUCACUAAUAUAGAUGUUUGGUACUCCGAAAAGUCACCCUUCGAUUUCGAUAUACUCCUACAUCUGACUAAUGAUGGCAUAAAGUUGCAUUUCGAUCCCAAGUGUCAGAGGCUUAAGCUGAUCGAGAUCACUGACCUUUCAAAAAUAUCGCUGAGAUAUUUGUCCCAGCAUGUCAAUGCUCCAUCUGAAGCCCCAACUCUCGCAACUAUUAUUAGCGUUUUUGGGUCUACUAAGCAAUUCCGUACGUCCAUGACUGCUUCUGAUUUCUACUCUAGUAGUAGUUGUUAUGUUAUUGCUGAACUUUGGAAUAUUUUAAGAUAUAAGACACAGAUUGUUCCUUUACAGGUAGUGGAAAACAUUAUGGCGCAGGUGUGUUCAUAA